AUGCAAUACAGUGGGUUUUACAACUAUGCGCCAAACACCGGUGCGGCCGCGUUCUUUUCGGCAGUUUUUGGGAUCUCAAUGUUCACGCUGGCUUGGAUUGUCCUAGAGAAACGUAAAAAGAUGGGCGAAGUAGUACUGCCUGAGAAACUGGAACAAGAACGGAUAGGACAACAACCGCGUAUGAACACCAGUACGAGAACUGCGUUCAAGUACUUUUUUCUGGUGUUCGGUUGUGGCAUCGAGACCGGCGGAUACAUCGCACGUGCGUAUUCUAGCAAAAAUACUGAUAUGCUGGUUCCCUAUGUGAUACAUUUGGUUUUUCUACUGGUAUCGCCUGCGCUGAUGGCGGCGUCGAUCUAUAUGAUUUUUGGACGUAUGCUGAUCAUCAUGCAAUGCACUUCAAUCUCGCUGGUACCCGUGCGAUUCAACACGGCCGUGUUCGUGACAGGCGACGUUGUGAGCUUUCUGCUACAGGCCGCUGGAGGUGGUAUGAUGGCGACGGAGUCGAGCCGUUCCACUGGUGAGGACAUCAUUAUCGGCGGUUUGCUGGUUCAGAUCGUGUUUUUCGGGUUGUUCAUUGUGACGGAAGUGCUGUUCUCCGCGCUGGUACGCAAACGGUCAGCCAUCGUGCACGAGCUCAGUAAAGGAUGGCACAUAAUGAACUUGACUUUGAUUGCCGCAAGCAUAUGCAUUUUGAUCCGGUCGAUUGUACGUGUUGUUGAGUUUUUUGAAGGUUUCGACGGGUACCUCAUGAGCAACGAGUGGACCAUCUACGUUUUUGAUGCACUACCCAUGUUCAUGGUGCCCAUACUUUUCAUUGCAACGUCCCGUUACGGCAAUUUGUUCCAGCUCGAACUUGAAUGUGCACGGGUAUCUGCCGCCACCGGCGGAUACCCGUUGCUCGACGAGAGCAUAGACGAAGCUCUGUAG